UUGCCCACCAACCUCCCCCCUUUUGGAUCAUAUAUUUGCCCGCUGUCGUCGGAUGCAAAGUUUUUACCGUGGUUUUACUCAGUACAAGUGAAAGGAAGUAACUUUUUCAAAAUCAGGAUAUUCCAGACGGAGAAAGAAUCUGCAAAGUAACGGACUGUAUUGGUCGCUGAGCUGUUGCUAACGUCCUCUGCUCCUAAUCACUCACUGUGCCCCCAGUUAUUCGUUUUUUUGUUUUUGUUUUUUCUCGGCUGUUGUCUGGGAACUGGAAGUACGGGACGGAUAAACUGCUAUCUGUCUGGACCAGUGCUGAAACCCCCUCCUCUCCACUGUCAGGACUGUCCGACGCACACCUCGACCAUGGCCACCAACGGGACAAAGCCUCGGACGGACACGUCUAACGGAGACGGUGAUGACGCGCCCACCACCACGCCAAACGACAAACCCAAAACCUUGGUGGUGAUGCAGAAGACGAAAAAGGAGAUACCCGAAAGAGAAACAUGGGCUGGGAAAUUACUUCUCCUCUCUUGUGUCGGAUACGCAAUCGGACUCGGAAAUGUCUGGAGAUUUCCUUACUUAUGUGGAAAAAACGGUGGAGGGGCCUUCUUGAUUCCCUACUUUUUGACCCUUAUAUUUGCUGGCAUGCCUCUGUUCUUUCUGGAGACGGCUCUUGGUCAGUACACUUCUAUUGGAGGUCUUGGAGUGUGGAAGCUUGCGCCAAUGUUCAAAGGUGUGGGCCUGGCUGCUGCUGUUCUGUCCUUUUGGCUCAAUAUCUAUUACAUUGUUAUCAUUGCCUGGGCCAUUUACUAUUUGUACAACUCCUUCACUACUAAUCUGCCAUGGCAGACUUGUGGAAAUACCUGGAAUACAGAUCGCUGCUACACCAACUACAGCAUCACAGACACCACAAACCUCACAAGUGCCGUUGUAGAAUUCUGGGAACGUAACAUGCACCAGCUGACCGAUGGCCUGGAGAAGCCUGGGGAGGUCAGGAUCCCACUGGCUAUCACACUUGCCAUAGCAUGGGUGCUUGUCUAUUUCUGUAUCUGGAAGGGGGUCAGCUGGACUGGCAAAGUGGUGUACUUCUCUGCCACAUACCCUUUUAUGUUGUUCAUCCUGUUUUGCCGUGGUAUCUCUCUGCCUGGUGCUUUGGAUGGAAUCCUCUUCUAUAUCACACCAGACUUUGACAAACUUAAGGAGUCUGAGGUGUGGCUCGAUGCUGCCACUCAGAUCUUCUUUUCCUACGGGCUGGGAUUAGGCUCUCUGAUUGCUCUCGGCAGCUACAAUCCCUUCAACAACAACGUAUACAGAGAUUCUAUCAUUGUCUGCUGCAUCAAUUCCUUUACCAGUAUGUUUGCUGGCUUUGUCAUCUUCUCCAUCGUGGGAUUUAUGGCCAAUGUAACAAAGAGACCCAUCGCUGAUGUGGCAGCCUCAGGACCUGGCUUGGCUUUUUUGGCAUAUCCAGAGGCUGUCACCCAGCUCCCCAUUUCCCCACUCUGGGCAAUACUGUUUUUCUCCAUGCUACUGAUGCUGGGAAUUGACAGUCAGUUCUGCACUGUGGAAGGCUUUAUCACUGCGCUGGUUGAUGAAUUCCCUCAGGUCCUUCGAAAGCGUAGAGAGAUCUUCAUUGCAAUUGUUUGCCUUGUUUCUUAUGUCAUUGGCCUGUCCAACAUCACACAGGGUGGACUGUAUGUGUUUAAGCUGUUUGAUUACUACUCAGCUAGUGGAAUGUCCCUGCUCUUCUUGGUCUUCUUCGAAUGUAUCUCAAUCUCCUGGUUCUAUGGUGUGAACAAAUUCUAUGACAACAUUGAAGAAAUGGUUGGCUACAGACCUUGUCUGUGGUGGAAGGCCUGCUGGGUUGUCUUUACUCCGCUCAUUGUAGCUGGAGUCUUCUUGUUUAGUGCAAUACAGAUGGUUCCUCUUACCAUGGGUGACUAUGUGUUCCCUGCCUGGGGUCAGGGGGUCGGCUGGUGCAUGGCCCUCUCCUCCAUGAUUCUCAUCCCUGGCUACAUGGGCUACAUGUUCCUCACUCUCAAAGGCUCAUACAAAGAGCGUCUGCGGAUGAUGAUCAAGCCUUUGGUACUGGUGAAGGCUCAGGAAAAUGGUCCAGACCAGCAGACAGAAAACCAGAAUCAGAACCCUGCCACUGAGGAAGCCUACAUCUAAAAAGGUCUGAUCUCUGUCUCAACAGCCAGACUGGCACUCCACAAUAAAAGAAACGUAAUCAAGGUUGGGAACAACCACUAGACUUUUAUGUCUGCUUUUAUUCACCUACCUCCUGGGGACAUGUGAAACCAACCUGAUUACACAGUUAUUUUUAGGGGGUUUUCUGUAUGUUUGUUUGUAAAAUACAAAGUUAUAAAACUUCUGAUGACAAGCAAAUUAUCCAGCAAAGUUAUUGUGACAUUAUGAAUUUCAUUAUGCAAAAAAGUUAGCCUUUUUAGAAAAGGAAAUGUGACUUAGUAAAAUACUGUAUAUUGAAUAUAUAUAUAUAUAUAAUUUAAAUUUGGAGGCCCAUGUUGAUUCAGUAGUAACGUGCUUUGAUUAAUCUACUAAACUCCAAUUAUUGUACAAUAAAAAUAUUGGUAAAAUGCAUUUUGCAUGUCCACAAAAUAAAUACAUUAAAAUAAAUACAGUGUAGUAGGUGAAAACACAAUCUGAAACUUAGUAAAGUGAAACUAGAAUAUUGAGCAAUUUAAGGUAAGGACAAUGUGGGAAUGUGCAACAGGUAAGGCCAAAUUUGCUUAUAUUUAAUAAAAAGAAUUUAACUAGACUAUCAACCCCCUGCAAAUCCUGAAAUGUUUACCACCCAUGUCUGGGGCUACAACUGAAAAGCACAAGUACAGUUUGGAAUUUUUAAGUGUCCAAUUUAUUUUUUGGCAUGAGUGAAAACUGUGAUCACAUCAAAAAUAACAUAUAUAGGAUACAUAGCAAGAGACUGUUAUAAUUGUUUCUUUGUUUUCUAAAGAACAAUAAUUUUGUAUCUUGUCCAAAUCUUUUUCGUAGAAUAAGUUUUAGGUCAUUUUCUAUGUGUGUGAGUGAGAUGGACCAAAUUAAUACUCUGAGAUUGGUGACCCACUGAGCAUUUAUGAAUUAAAUAAAGAGUCUAAUUGAAGUAAUUAUUCAAGAAUCCCCUUUUGACUCAGCAUAGAGCAGCAGGGUAGUAAAAAGAACUUUUUCCCACAAGUACAGUUUGAAUCUGUAAACUACUACCUCUAAAAAUAAAGGUGUAGCUAUUACAGAAUUCCAACAUGUGCGUGUAGGAGAGUUCUUCUGGAGAGUUAAUAUUUGGAGAAUUGAGAUUUUUCUUCAACUGACACCAACUAAGUAGAGGGAGAAGGGUUAUGUUGCAAUAAUACAAUACUAAUGGAAAUAUAUAUUUUAAACUGUGAGAGCUAACAGGCUGCAGUGUAGAGUGAAAGGUGGAUUUCUAUCAUAAUUACCAUUAUUCUGGCUGGAAUCGUUUACUUGUAUAUCUAUUUAGUAACCCACUUCUCAGGAACAAAGAUGGAAGUGACCAAAUUCUCUCAGAUACUACCAUGAAUACACUGAAACAAUGAAUGCUGUAUUAAACAACAACAACAACAACAACAACAAGCAUCAAAAUUCUGCCAUUUUUGCCCAUAAAUUCAACAUGCUACCUGAAGCAGCAACAAAACAUAAAGACACAAACCAAUAUAAA